UUAAUGUACAUAUAACCUCUGCGUGAAUGAGAAUGUAAUUCCGGACGUUAAAAUUUCAUACUCACGGUCUAAGUUUUAUUGAACUUGCUUACUCAGUCAGUUUUAUGUUAUUAGCACUAUAGAAUUAGACUCCAUAUCAUAGUGUUUUAUUUUAAUUCUAUGCCCUGUGCUCAAAAAAUAAACUUACAAGCGUGACGUUCGGUUUGCACAAUAAGAUAAAAGUACAUAACCUUAUUCUACAAUCGUAACUAAUAAUGCCGACUUAUACUGUGACUGUAAAAUGGGGAAAAGAACAAUUUCCUGAUAUAGAAGUAAAUACCGAUGAAGAUCCUAUGCUAUUCAAGGCACAGCUUUUUGCCUUAACUGGGGUUCGACCUGAUAGGCAAAAGGUGAUGUGCAAAGGUGUAGCUCUCAAAGAUACUGAUUGGGGAAAAAUGCCUAUCAAAAAUGGUGCAACAAUCUUACUUAUGGGGACCAAGGAAGAAUUACCUGAAGUGCCUGAAAUUAAAACCAAAUUUGUAGAAGAUAUGAAUGAACGAGAAUUAGCCACAGCAUUGGAUUUGCCAUCAGGAUUACUUAACAUUGGUAACACAUGCUAUAUGAAUGCCACAGUUCAAUGUUUGAAAACUGUUCCCGAAUUACGGAGUGCUCUUAAAGAAUUUAAAGGGUCAAUAUCUUUGGGAUCUGAGCAAUCAAUGUCUGCUAAUAUAACCAUAUCCUUGCGUGAUUUAUAUGAUACAAUGGAUACUGGAGCACCUAUACCUCCAAUUGUUUUACUGCAAACAUUUCACAUGGCAUUACCAAGAUUUGCUGAGAAAUCAGAUCAAGGAGAUUACACACAACAAGAUGCGAAUGAAUGCUGGACUGAGUUGAUCAGAAUGUUGCAACAGAAUCUUCCAGCAACAAGUGGUUCAACUAAUAAAUCUAUAAUAGAUCAAUAUUUUGGAGUUACAUUUGAUGUUGAAAUGAAGUGCACGGAGUCGGAGUCAGAAGAACCUACCAAAAGCAAAGAGAAUGUUUUACAACUGAGUUGUUUUAUAUCAGCAGAAGUUAAAUAUUUGCAAUCUGGAUUAAAAUCAAAAAUGCAUGAAGAAAUUAGUAAGUUUUCCUUCAGCCUGGGACGAGAUGCAACUUAUACCAAAAAUUCUUUGAUAAGUCGAUUGCCUGCAUAUUUAACAGUGCAGUUUGUGAGGUUUAAUUACAAAUAUAAGGUAGCAAUUAAUGCUAAAGUUUUGAAAGAUGUUAAGUUUCCAAUGGAUUUUGAUGCAUUUGAACUAUGUACCCCAGAACUUCAGGAGCGAUUAACACCAAUGAGAUUAAAAUUUAAGGAAGCUGAAGAUUCGGUUUUAGCAACUAAUACAUCAGAAAACCAAGAACAAAGCACAAAAGCAGAUACCACAAAACUUCCUUUCAGCUUUGAAGAUGAUCCAGGUAGUAAUAACAGUGGUUAUUACACACUGCAAGCAGUAUUAACGCAUCAAGGCAGAUCCAGCAGCAGCGGGCAUUAUGUAGCCUGGAUUCGACAUAAAGAUGACACAUGGUUGAAGUGUGAUGAUGAAAUGGUCACCACUGUAACUCCUAGUGAUAUAAUUAAACUAUCUGGAGGAGGUGAUUGGCACUGUGCGUAUGUCUUAUUAUAUGGUCCCAGAAUUUUAGAACAACCAGCAGUUAAAGAAACUAAUCAAAGCGAUGAAAAAUAACUCAAGAUGUAUCAAUUUUGUAACUAGCUAUUAUAAAUAUUCUGGAUUGCAUUUGGAUCUAUCAUUGACUACAAAAAUUGACUUUUGUAUUGGAUAUAAUUCAUAUCCUAAUUCCAUAUAAUUUGUAAUUAUGAGUGUUCAAACUUUUAAAUAUUAUUUAGAAAUCCAAAACUGAUAAACAUAUACAAGACUAAUUCAAGCUUCAACUGAUUUAACA